CACACCACCGCAUCCAAUAACUUGAUUAUUACUUUCUAUCUCCGUGUGACUCUCUAUCUUACAGCCACGCCACGCUUCAUCUCAACAUCAUUCAUCUUUGCUUUCCACGUUUCAAACGCACGCUCCCUUCAAUCUCAAUCCAAAAACAAUCAAACUCUCGAAUUCAAUAAUAACAUUAAUCAAUCAAUCAAUUCUAACCUUCAAUUUCAAUUUCAAUUUCAAUUUCAUCGCUGUUCCUUCUGCUUCCACGAUCCGAUCCAACAAAAUGUUGAACCACUUUCUAGAUCAGAAUUAGGGUUUUGCAUUUCCUACUUCUCAAUCGGAUUCCGAUUUCCGAUCGGAGAAAAAAAAAUGACCGAAGCUCAUUCCCCGCCGCGAACCUCCGCGUAUCUCGACGCUCUCUGCCAAGCGAUCCACAAGAAGCUCCAGCGGGCACUCGCAAAUUCUUCGCAGAGGCGCAAUUUGCUGCAGGAGCUCUUCGCCGACGUAGCUUUGGAAGUUGAUGACCGAGCCAAAGAUGUAAUUGUGAACAAGGAAGAAGAUGCGAUUUCUUCUGCAGAGUAUGUGAAUGAUGGUCCGUUGUGUUUCUAUGAUGUGCUUGCUGAUUAUUUUGUACGAGUUCCUGAGAGUGGCAAACCUAUCCUUGACAUGAUUGUUCAACUCUGGAGUCAAUCAUUUGCUUCACAUAUAUUUGCUCUCCUCUUUCACAAAUGGCUAUUUGAAGUUCAUCUUGAUAAUCCAGACGUGCUCCUCCGGUAUUCAUCUGCUCUGGUUCAAGGAGCCACAAAUGUUUUCUGGAUUGACAUUCAAACAAAUACAAGGCGUUUCCAAUCUCUAUUCCGUUACCUCUUGGAUGAUGUUGCAUUACACCACAGUCGAUUGAAUAAAAUUCCUGUCCAGGCUCAACGAGAUAUGUAUCUUUUGCUCUCAAGGUUCAUUCUAUUUUACAAUUCAGCUGGUAAACUAGGUAGCUUCUUUAAACAAUGUCCUGUCUUUCAAACUGCUUUCUUAGUUGGCGGUCCGGCAGAUAUAUUUGUGACUGAACUCACUGAUCAGCUUCUGAAGUUGAAGGUGGAACCAGUGCUUCUGCAUUAUCUCUCAGAAAUUAAGGUUCUUCAGGGAAUGGAAUUGAGAAUGACUACAAGUACGAGAUUGAAAACGUGUCUAUAUAGUUUUACUUCUCCUGGUGGUCCAAUGUAUCCUACUAGAGCUGUUCGUCAUGCUGCCUGGGAUGCAUUAGAUUUUCUCUUUCCGGUGGGACAAUACCCUCGACAUCUCAUAAGUCUAUUCUUCAGGUUGCUCUAUCCAUGGUAUUGGCCCUCGUCCUGUUGGUACUUUGCAAUUUCUUGCCUCCAGGCAAUUUUUAACUCCUUGCUGAGGUUGAUAUUUUCUUCGUGGGAGAAGAUUGCCAAGCCAAAAUCACAAUAGAUCUCAUAUGUCGCAAGAGCAUUUUGCAUAUAGAGCCUGCAUCAUCAUUUAACCCUGUGAUAAUUUUUUGGUUGUCACGGGGUAAUGUGUGUACAAAACAACAAGCUUGUUAAUGGUAUGUAUAUUUCGUUCACAGUGUCUAUCAUAAGUUUAGAGGUCGAAUAUAGUGUUAGGAAAUGAAAAGACUCUACAAACAAGGGACUGCAUGUCAUUUUGUUAAAAUAGGGGGAGAAGUUUUUGAGUUGUGUUAAGCUUUGGAACUUCUGCAUUUAUCAAAAUAUUUGAAGUUCUCUUAUUUCUAUGUUUUAUGGAAGUUGGCUUUUUUUACUA